GCUCUGAACCCGGAAGAGAAGCGGGAAGAUGCAGUGAGAAAACUAGCAGAAAGGGAUGGGAUGAGAGGCUGCGCGGAACCCCCAAGUCCCUGCCACGCGAGGAGCUCACUUAUUUCUGGAGCCCCUGCAGGAGCAGUUGUGGGCAACGUUAUUCUUGUGAUGCGUCACGCAGCUUGCUGGCAGGGAUAGGUUAUUCAUUCUGGACCCACAAUUGUUCUACUUUCUUGCAUUUGAUUAGCAUCUCCUAGAGGUUGAACGCCAUUGGAGUAAAGGGACAAAUUUACAACAUACUGAUUAUUUCUCAGUCAGGAUUCACACUGAAGAGCAAAACAAAUCUAGAAAGCCAUCAUGGAAAAGAAGUACUCUUUUAUUUGGGCAUUUACAGAACGGUGGUUGCUGGCAUUAGCAUCCUGGUCUUGGGGACUAUGCAGAAUUUGUCUACUGCCCUUAAUUUUAACUUUUAAUGUGUAUGGAGGUGUAAUUUUGCUUUUGUUAAUUUGUGUUUCCAUAGCCGGAAUUCUCUUUAAAUUUCAGGAUGUACUUCUUUAUUUCCCUGAACAACCUUCUUCUUCACGAAUUUAUGUUCCGAUGCCAACUGGAAUACCACAUGAAAAUAUAUUUAUUAAAACUAAAGAUGGCGUGCAUCUUAAUCUCAUUCUGUUAAGAUACACAGGCGAUAACUCAACCUUUACACCAACUAUUAUUUACUUUCAUGGUAAUGCAGGAAAUAUUGGACAUAGGUUGCCAAAUGCUUUGCUGAUGCUGGUAAACUUGAAAGUAAACUUGAUAUUAGUGGAUUAUAGAGGUUAUGGUAAAAGCGAUGGAGAGGCGAGUGAAGAAGGUCUUUAUCUUGACUCUGAAGCUGUUCUUGACUAUGUAAUGACAAGACCUGACAUAGAUAAAACCAAGAUUAUUCUAUUUGGACGGUCUUUAGGAGGAGCAGUUGCAAUCCAUUUAGCCUCUGAAAAUGCUCAUAGAAUUUCUGCUGUAAUGUUAGAAAACACAUUUCUUAGCAUUCCUCAUAUGGCUAGCACCUUGUUUUCAUUUCUCCCAAUGAGGUACCUUCCAUUAUGGUGCUACAAAAAUAAGUUCCUCUCUUACAGAAAAAUUUCCCUGUGUCGAAUGCCUUCAUUGUUCAUCUCGGGGCUUUCGGACCAGUUAAUCCCUCCAUUCAUGAUGAAGCAGUUGUACGAACUGUCCCCAUCUCGGACUAAAAGACUGGCAAUCUUUCCAGAUGGGACACACAAUGAUACAUGGCAGUGCCAAGGCUAUUUUGCUGCUCUUGAACAGUUUAUUAAAGAACUGACCAAUAAUCACUGUCCUGAGGAGAUUGGGAAAACAUCAAAUGUUACAAUAAUAUAAAAUCAUACAACUUCCUCCAUUGCA